GCUCUAGCCUCCGCCUAGCGGGGCUUUACGCUGAGGGAAACUCUAUGGUGGGCCUCUCUAGGCUGGGUCUCCGCGGGGACUCUAUGGUCGCAGUCCGCCCACCGCGAGCGUCCCGCACGGCCCCGUGUUUACGAUGCCGCCGGCGCCGCUUUCCUGAGGCCGGGACGGGCUCGGCUCCGGUUGCUCCGGUUGCUCCGGUUCCUCCUCUCCCGACGCGCGGCCACCGGCGGGGCCCGGCGGGGCUCUGAGUUGAUUAUGGAAGAGGUGCACAAGAGCAGCAGUAACAGUUCAGUGUCUCCUUCGCAACCAUCAGCUGUACAAGGUACAACACUACAGGCAGCUCAGCUCUCUCAUAUUGCUCAACAGAUGUCUCUAAGAGGUCCUGCACCCCUCACAGUCGUUCAGCUUCCUGGAGAGCAAGUCCAGGUCCAGGGAGUCAUUCAGACAGCUCAGUCCUCUUCUGUAAUCCACUCACCUCAGGUGCAAACAGUGCAGGUCUCUUCUUUGUCUGAGAGUGAAGAUUCUCAGGAUUCCUCAGAUAGCAUAGGCUCUUCACAGAAAGCUCGAGGCAUCUUAGCUCGUCGUCCUUCCUACCGGAAAAUCCUGAAGGAUCUUUCUUCUGAAGAUACACGUGACAGAAAAGGAGAUGAGGAGAGUCCUGGUGUCUCUACUGUUACAUCUAUGUCCGUUCCCACACCCAUCUACCAGACAAGCACUGGACAGUACAUUGCCAUUGCUGCCAAUGGCUUGCAGCUGGCCAGCCCGGGUGCUGACGGCGUGCAGGGUCUGCAGACACUGACAAUGGCCAAUGCUGGUGGUGCUCAGCCUGGGACGACGAUACUGCAGUACGCACAGACAUCAGAUGGUCAACAGAUCCUUGUCCCCAGCAACCAGGUGGUAGUGCAGACUGCCUCAGGGGACAUGCAGACCUACCAGAUCCGCACCACCCCGACCACCACCUCCCUUCCCCAGACCGUGGUGAUGACAUCUCCUGUCACCCUGACGUCGCAGACCAGUAAGACCGAUGAUCCCCAGCUGAAACGAGAGAUACGGCUCAUGAAGAACAGAGAAGCUGCUCGAGAAUGCCGUCGAAAGAAGAAGGAGUAUGUGAAAUGCCUGGAAAAUCGAGUUGCGGUCCUGGAAAACCAGAACAAAACUCUCAUUGAAGAGUUAAAAACUUUGAAAGAUCUUUACUGUCAUAAAAGCGUGUAAGGAAAGGAGGUAAAACUUUGGACUCUUGACAUUUCAGAGGAGAAAUUCUUUUUUUUUAUACGGGAUUUUUUAAACUCUAUAGACGAAGGGUCAAAAAUUGAAACUUUUCUACCUAGAUUUCACAACUUAAGAGACUCUUGAGAUUUUAUUUGGUGACAAAGUACAAGAAAGGAAACAGGAAAACCUCACCCCAAAUUCCUGCUGGCACAACUGGAAACGUUCUAAAGUCACGAUUGCACCGACAGGAAAGGACCAUCCCGUUUUACAGGGCAGGUGGUUAGAGUUUCUUCCCAUACCUCUUGUAACGGAGGCAAUGGUUGGUUACAGUUAAAACGUGGAUGACAUGGAAUCCUUGCCAUAAUAGAUGUUAGUAGGAACAUUUAUAACCAGUUUAUGUUUUGAUUUCUUACUCUUUUAUUCUUCCCCAGUUCUUUUGCUUUCAGCUCUUUGUAUGUAAAUAGGUUUGGUUUAACCUGGCAGUUGUUUGUUACAGGCGCAGAUGCUAACCAGGAGCUCCUACUUUGCUCGAGGUAUAAAUCAUGUUCCCUCUUUCUCAGCUGAGUUACAAAAGUUGGGGUUUUUCUUGUCAACGUUUGCUGUGUUGGUCAGAUUUGGGAAGGGGAUGCAGAAAGCUGCCAGAGGCCGAAUCCUGACGAUGUCUGAGGCACGUGAAAGGUGUUGGCUUUCCCUAAGAGAACUCAACACAUCCAGGCAUUCCCUAGUGCAGCGUGGAAGAACAAGUACUGGUGAAAAAGAGCUCCUGAAGGAUGAUUUCACAAUAGGGUUGCUCUUAGUUGCUGGGCAUGGGAAACACCUAGGAUUGAGAAACCACCAUGUGCUGCCUAUAAACACAAUGAAAUACGCGUUGCUGCUUCUGUCUGGAGGCUCUGCUGUGCUUUGGGAUGUUGAAACCAAAAUGCUAAAACACAAAAGUGGAAGAUAUAUACCAAAGGGUUACUGAGGUUCUAAUAUAGGGUUUCUAUGCUGAAAGCAGUGCAACAUUGCCAGGCUGAUUUUGUAAGGUAGGUGAUAUUUUGCAAAGUAAUGGUAUCUUUGUAAGCAAAUACUCUAUUGCAAACAGGUAGAUGGGUGGUAUAUUUUGUAGCUAAAUUGUGAUCUUUACAGAUGCCGAAAUUGAGUUUAUAUAUGUAUUUUGACAGUUUCUAUAUUUCAUUUUAGUAAGCAAAUGAAAUAUUUUGUGAAGAAGCAGAUUUUCAAGCAUAUAUUUUUAUGGAUAGUACAAAGUCAAAGGAGAUCCUCUUUGGUGUAGGAGAUAUUUGAAUUAAUUUUGUAUGUCUGUAGGCAACUUGCAAAAAAAAAAAAAAGAAAAAAAGGGAUCCUAGGGAAUAUUGGGGGGAAAAAAAAGAGUUAAAAAAACCCCAACCCCAAGAGAUCAGGGUUUUUGAUUCCCCACAGUUGCUGAUAUCUGCAUGUUCGAUCCGGUCGCUAUCAGAGAUUUGGAUUUUCACCAGUUUCAGGUGGCAAUGAAAUACUGGACGUGAUCAGGACUCUUUUGGGUGUGGACUCUCCAUUCUUGGAGAUACCCAAAAGCUGCCUGGACGAGGUCCUGGGCCGCUGGCUCGAGCAGGGGGUGGGAGGCAGUGACCUCCCAAGGUGCCCUCCCACCUCCCCUCUCCUGUGAUCCUGUGAGAUGUGUAUGCAGUGCUUAUUGCAUGAAUAAUAACUACACUGUUUUCCAUAGUUAGGAUCGAAUCCUGCUUUCCAGUUAUGUCAGUGGGAAUUGCACUAUGGACUAUGCUACUCAAAAGGUGUUCGAGCUCCGUGUGUGUGUGUUGUGCUAGCUCCCAGCUGAACGCAGCCCAGAGGUCUGCUCACUCCCCAGCUGUGUACUGCUUCUCAUACAGUCAGUCAAUGUGUUUUAUUUGCCUCAUCUUUGGCUUAAUGGACUUCUUGGCAAGCAGAGCUCUUUGCAAGCGGGAUGAGGAAGACAGCAUUCCACAAUCAUGGUGUUAAGUGAGCUGUAAACCCACCUUUCUCUCUGCAGUUUGUAAUUGAGGGGUUGUUACAGCCGUUUCCUUUACGCCAAACUGGAGAACCCAUUUCUGUUCAUGAUCAUGGCAAGAAAAGGGGGUGCUUUCCUUGCACAUCAGUGAGUGAGCAGGGUGGAGGGGUUUGUAGGGAACUGCUCCAAACAGAGGUGUUCAGUGCCUCCUGGUUCUGUCAGUGGGAUUGCAGGAAGAAGGAAGCCAUGGGACAUGCUUGGCACCUCUGGGAACUGGGACCCUCUCAGGUCUGUGCGUAUGGUGAAGAGGGUUUGACGCUACAGUACUGCAUCCAAUGGGAACUCCUGUGUAUGGUUUGUGAUCCUCAUCAUGUGCUGUUGUUCCUUUACCUUCUUUUUGUAAUACAGGAUAACAAGAAUAAUUAAAGCUAUCAAGUGUUAAGACUGUAACAAAAUGGUGGCCCAUUCUUUCUGUUUUCAGCCAGUAAAACCUGUUGUGCUGCCAGACAUCAUGGUGGUACCUUUUUAUCCUCUUAAAAUAAGUGGGUUUUGGAAAGAGCAGCUUCUUUUUCAUCAUGGAAGUAUUAAACAGCAACAUGAGUUUGCUCUUUGAGUCAUCACUUACGAAGUACUUACUUUGGCUUUACUUCACAGUCUAGAUUGUAAGGGAGUGAAAUCUGCAUCCUGAGAGGAAGAGCUGUAGUCCCUCCUACCGUGGUGGUUAUUUCCAAGCAGAAGUCCAUGACAUGCUUUCUAUGACUUGUACAUAUUUGUUGAAGCAAUUAGAUGGUUGCAGAUUUUGACCUUGGUAAAUAAAGUCGCCAGAACCUAA